GCAGGCGCCGGAAGCGGGCAGGCGACGAAGGGACGUCGCGUUGCUGCGCCGGGUCUCGAGCAGCUGCCAGAGCCGUCGGACGGACCGCCGCCCCCGCCGCGCCAUGGCCGAGAGCGACUGGGACACCGUGACGGUGCUGCGCAAGAAGGGCCCCACGGCCGCCCAGGCCAAGUCUAAGCAGGCCAUCUUAGCAGCUCAGAGACGAGGAGAAGAUGUGGAGACAUCCAAGAAAUGGGCUGCUGGCCAGAACAAGCAGCAUUCCAUCACUAAGAACACAGCCAAGCUAGACCGGGAGACAGAGGAGCUGCAUCAUGACAGGGUGACCCUGGAGGUGGGCAAAGUGAUUCAGCGGGGCCGCCAGAGCAAGGGCCUGACGCAGAAGGACCUGGCCACGAAAAUCAAUGAAAAGCCGCAAGUCAUCGCAGACUAUGAAAGUGGACGGGCCAUUCCGAAUAACCAGGUUUUGGGCAAAAUUGAGAGAGCCAUCGGCCUCAAGCUCCGGGGGAAGGACAUCGGGAAGCCUAUCGAGAAGGGGCCGAAGGCGAAAUGAACACAAAGCCUCGAAGCCAGUGGUUCCGGCUGAGCUCUUCUGGCUGGUCCCCCAGGACCACCAGCACUGCCGUGGGUCUCCUCACAUGGUCAAACGGAACACGGGGGUCAGGCCUGUGUGCCCCCUCAACCCAUACCUGCUGUCAAACAAAGCAAAACCUUGCAAAGUGAUA